GUCUUCCCCUUUCCCCUCUUGACCUCUUCUCAUCAGAUUCUUCACACUUCACUUUGCAAUUCCAUUUUUUAGCUCAAUUUUCGUUUUUUAUUAAUUAAAUAAAUUUGGGUAGCAGGCAGCGUCAUCAUCAUCUUUGUUCUUAUUCUUAGCUUCACCAAUUACAUUUUCAGUUACUGUAUUUUAUUAUUAAUUAAUAUAUUAUUACAAAGAAGAAGAAGAAGAAUAGAUAAACCCUUAAAGCUCCUUUCUUUUUUCUCUGCGAUUCGCACUUCACAACCGCAAAGGACAACAACAAAAGCGUGAAUUUCAAGGAAGAAAAGCUUUUGGAGUUAAAGACCAAAACUUUGUUUAGAUCUUUGGUUGUUCGGGGUGGUUGGGAAUGGCGAGAGCUAGCAGAUCAGUUACGAGUAGCGGAAAGUGGAAGUAUUGCAACCCUGCCUAUUACCUGAAGCGACCAAAGCGUUUGGCUGUGCUCUUCAUCGUUUUUGUUUGUGCCUCUUUGAUUGUUUGGGAUCGUCAAACUCUAGUCAGAGAGCACGAGGUAGAAGUUGAGGAGUUACGGAAAGAAAUUACUGAUAUGCAAAAUCGGUUGGAAGUGCUAAGUAAUGCCCAUGGUGGUAAAGUUGGGGAAGUUGCCUUAAGGAGGAAAACUACCAAGUCUAGUAAAGAGGUCGUAGAUGAUCCAGUUGACAUGGAGAGAAGAGAAAAAGUAAAAGAAGCUAUGCUUCAUGCUUGGGGAUCUUAUGAGAAGUAUGCAUGGGGCCAAGAUGAACUUCAGCCUCAGUCAAAGAGUGGUAUCAACAGUUUUGGAGGUCUUGGGGCAACUUUAAUAGAUUCACUUGAUACACUAUACAUCAUGGGUCUUGAUCAACAGUUUCAAAAAGCCCGAGAUUGGGUUGCAAACACUUUGGACUUCAACAAGGACUAUGAAGCAAGCGUUUUUGAGACAACCAUAAGAGUAGUAGGAGGCCUUCUUAGUGCAUAUGAUCUUUCGGGGGACAAAGUUUUCCUCGACAAGGCUAAAGAUAUAGCUGACAGAUUGCUUCCUGCUUGGGAUACAGCUACCGGAAUUCCUUAUAACAUCAUCAACUUAUCACACGGACGUGCACACAAUCCUAGUUGGACCGGCGGUGACAGUAUUUUGGCAGAUUCUGGCACCGAACAACUAGAAUUCAUUGCUCUAUCUCAAAGGACUGGGGACUCAAAGUAUCAGCAGAAGGUUGAGAACGUAAUAACACUACUUAAUAAAACUUUUCCUGAUGAUGGGUUACUUCCUAUCUACAUCAAUCCUCACAGUGGAAGGGCUGGAUACUCUCCCGUCACGUUUGGUGCCAUGGGUGAUAGUUUUUAUGAAUACCUCCUCAAAGUUUGGAUACAGGGGAAUAAAACUUCAGCUGUAAAACUUUAUAGAGAAAUGUGGGAGAAAUCAAUGAAAGGUCUGUUAAGUUUGGUUAGGAGAUCAACACCGUCUUCUUUUACUUAUCUAUGUGAGAAGAAUGGAGGAUAUCUCUCAGACAAAAUGGAUGAACUAGCAUGCUUUGCUCCAGGGAUGGUUGCUUUGGGAUCAUUUGGUUAUGGCGCUGAAGACUCUCAGAAGUUCCUGUCCCUAGCAGAAGAGCUUGCUUGGACAUGCUAUAACUUCUAUCAAUCGACCCCAACAAAAUUGGCUGGAGAGAACUAUUUCUUUCAUGAUGGCCAGGACAUGAAUGUGGGUACGUCAUGGAAUAUACUGAGGCCGGAGACAGUCGAGUCACUGUUUUACCUCUGGCGUCUAACUGGCAAUAAGACAUACCAGGAAUGGGGUUGGAAUAUAUUUCAAGCUUUUGAGAAGAACUCGCGCAUAGAGUCGGGCUACGUUGGACUGAAGGAUGUGAAUAGCGGCGUGAAAGACAACAUGAUGCAAAGCUUCUUCCUUGCGGAGACACUGAAGUAUCUUUAUCUUCUGUUUUCGCCUCCGACAGUGAUCCCAUUAGAUCAAUGGGUGUUCAAUACGGAGGCGCACCCUCUGCGGAUUGUGCAAAGGAACGAAGGGGGGUCUGUUGGGAACUCAAAUGAGAAGCAAAAGUCUUCUUUUAGAAUAGGUGGCAGGAAAGAAGGAAGGUCAGAUUAGAUCUCUCCAUAUUUGUCUCUACCAUUGCCGGAGACCCCAUUUUGCCGGGAUUCGAGAAACGCAGUUUGAUCCCUUUAUAGAGAGAGCUUAGAAGAUGCUGCUGGCAUUUCCUCAAUUGAGUCGGAAGGGGUUCAUUCUGCUUAGCAGGUGGGAUGUUAUAUUAUAUAUAGGAAAUCAAAACGUUUUAUUCUUGAAAAUUUAUGAAGGAAUAGGUUGUACCUUCAUUUGUGUGGAGCCAAAAAUAUUCACAAGCAUAAAUUGCUGAGUUUUAUGUAUUUGAGGCAUAACUUUUAUACUCA